GAGAAGCCUCCGCGUCGUAGGAACCAGAAGUAGAGCAGUGCUGCUAGCAGCAGCGAGCACGUGGUACGUACCCACACCCACUGUAGACUGUGGUGCUCUACUCCAGCUUAGCUCGCGCGCGGGAUAUCCCACGAGAUAUCAUCAAGCAAAAGCAGAGGAGGGAUGUCGGGGUCGGGGUCAGGCGGCGGCGGCGGCGGCGUGUGGGUGUUCAAGAACGGCGUGAUGCAGCUGCAGGCGGAGCAGCCGGCGGCGGGCCGGAAGGCGCUGCGGUACGUGCCGACGGGGGAGACGAUGUCGUCGCUGGAGCUGCUGGAGCGGCGUCUUGGCGCUCACGGGUGGGAGCGCUACUACGAGAACCGCCACAUCGUGCAGCUCCACCGCCGCGACGGCGGCAUCGACCUCAUCUCCCUCCCGCGCGACUUCACCCAGUUCCGCUCCACCCACAUGUACGACGUCGUCCUCAAGAACCGCGAACACUUCAAGGUUGUCGACGUCCCCGCAGCCACCUGCUAGUUUCCUUGCAGAUUCUAUCCGCCAUCGCUCAUCAGCGUCGUCCUUCGUCCGUGAUAUAUACGCAGGGUGUUCGUGUGUGCUAGAAGCCUAGAACUAUGCUGCUCUGGAUUCUACUAGUGCUUACUUAAUUAAUCGCCAUGCAUGCUAGCAUAUACGGAAAAUUGGUUUUCCCUCCCAACGUUAAUUAGCAUACAUGAAAGGACAGCAGAAUAAAACUUGCAGGCAGCAAUGUUAUCUGUCUGCUUUUGCAUUUGCUUGAGGCGUGCAAUUAGCUAUAUGGCGUGUAAACGUAUAUGCACUGUGUGCACUGUAGUACUCGUAAGUGUGUGUUGUUUUUUGUGUGAGUCUGAUGACUGCCAGUUCAUCUGUUGCUGAUGUGUCCCGCUUAUUUGCGUAUAAGUGAAUCGAAUGUAACA